ACACUGCGGCAAAAUGCCAGCUCCGAUGGAUAUUAAAUUUUUUUUCUUUUUCUCACAACCAAGUGUAAAUAAACACCCAUCGGAAUCAUUUGUUUGUUUUUAACGUACGUACGUACAACAUUUAACAACAAACGCCACAAAAUGAGGCAGCGUUAUAGGCACACAGCAUCCGACAAGCGAAACUGGAAUUGAGAGUUGUUUAUAUCCCCGUGUAUGUACAUACCUCGCAAGCUCUCUCAACAUAAGGAACGACAAGAUUGACAAGAAAGCCAUUGGGUUAUUGUACCACCGCACGCGCGACAUGAGGAUACCCAUGAGGACAAUAUUAUUGUUGAAGAAAAAAAAAACAACGACAACAAACAACGUACAAGUGUCCGUGUAUGAGAGCAGCAGCGCGUGAUGAUAUAUAAGCAUCACCAUCCACGAGUAACACAAUUACCCCAGACUGGAGGAUGGGUUGUGCUUACAGCCAGAGCACCUGUGAUCAUCGUGCUUCCAAGAUAUUCGAAGCCCUCAAUAUCGACAGUGCCGGGAACGGCGUCACGGAUGGCACGAUUAAAGUCACCAAGGCGGACAUUAGUUUCAGGUACAACAACAAAUUGGCCGUCUGGCCUCUGAGGAGUCUCAGACGGUACGGCUACGACGAGCAGAUAUUUAGCUUCGAGGCCGGCAGGCGUUGCCAAUCCGGACCUGGCAUCUACGCAUUCAAAUGUGAAAAGGCGGAUCAACUUUUUUACCUCGUGCAACAGAAUAUUUUGGCUGACAAAGACGACAGAAACUCGGUCGACAGGGUACCAAGAGACAUGUCGAACGACAUCAACUCCUGCAGGCCCAUAACGAGAAUGACAAUAAUACCAACGGAAUCGAAUUAUUUGGAGCCAACGCCAGCAGCGCGUAACAUUUCGACAUUCCCUCAUUCGCACAAUGGACGCAUUGGCAGCGUCGGGAGCAGCAGCGGCCCGAUUUCACCCCAGGGUACGAUGGGUACUCCGUCGCCGCCGCCCUUGUCCCUACCACCCCCUCCAAACGUUCAUCCGUCCCUGUACGCCAACGAAGAAGCCGCUCAGACCAUCAGUCCUGGAGACCCUGAACACAACAACAACAAAAGCCUGGGAAGAAGAUCGAUGCAGAGAUCCCAAACUGUGAGCAGUUCGACGUCGAGUAGCGUAUUUUUGUCCUCCGAGCAAGUGUCAUCUGGCCAGCCAGCCGGCAACGAGGUUUGGGCCACGAGCCAGGGCGGUGCAGCAGUGCCUUCACAACCAUCCUACGUACCCUCCUACAUGAACGUCGACCUCGGUAGCGACGCCUCGCCGCUGUCGCCCUCCAGCACCUGCGACUCCUCGACUCCCCAAAGAAAGAACGAGUCGUCCGACUCGCUGCUCGAGAUCGCCGACAGUAGCUACCCUCGCGUCUACGCGAACGUGAGUCCCGAGCCGGAGAAAGUCGAGCUGGUGCUACCAGUGGCCGCCAAUAAUAACAAGCCACGACCGCCCGCGCUCCCGAUCCUGCCGCUGCAGCUCGAGCCGGACGAGGACGCCAGGCACUCGUACGCGAACCUGGGCAACAGCGAGAUCGAAGCUCUGAAGAAACGCUACUCCGUCGUCUCCAUGUCCGAGAGGUUGUCCGGCCAGGUGCAAACCCCGCCCCCUUACCCGUCGGGCUUCCGGGAGAUGAAGUACGCCGUCUUGAACUUGGACAGGAAGGAGGUGCCUUCGCUGUGGCUCGCUACGACGCCGGUCAAGACGAGCACCUCGGCCCAGGGGACGCCGACCACCGGCGAGCCAACGACGUUGGAUCCUCACGCGUCCUCGCCCGACCUCACAUCGAGGACCCGACCGCAGAACGGCUACGUGACGAUAGACUUUGACAAGACCAACGCCCUCCUUCACUCGUCGAACACGAACAACAAGUCCUGCGAGUAUAUCCCCGACGAGGGCUCGAGAAAGACUCGGCACAACUCGACCAUUGGCGAGUUGAUGGCUUCUUGAGAGUAAACGAAUCGUUUUAUACUUUUCGUUCGCAUUCGGUAUACUUAGUUGCGUUGAUCGUGUGUUUUUCUUUGUUAUACAUAUAUAUAUAUAUAUUUUUUUUUUUUCAUAAAUCAUAAUGGGAUUCCAAUAUCAUCACGACGCUUGGAUACAUAUGUUUUCCGUGCUUUUGACGAGGCUGUCUAUAUACUUAUUGAUGCGCAUUUAUAGUGGGUAUAAAAAAGAGCUUUUCGUUAUUUGAUAAGCGAUCGGGGUCACUGAGUGAGAUUUUUUUUUUGCAAAUAAUUAGAAAUCACUGCUGAUGAACGUGUGUAUGGGUUUUCCUUUGAACGUGUUUCGGAUAAAGUAUUACUUGGGAAAGAAAACAAAUAAAGACUAUACAACGUCCGUUAUAUAAUUUUUGUGGAUUUUGAAGCUUUACUGUGAAUCAUUGUAGAUAAUGUAGUUUUUUUUUUUUUUUCAAUUGACAUGACAAAUCCGAAUGGUUAUUGCUUGAGUUACGUCAAACGAUCAAAGACUCUAGUUACAUAAUUUUUUUUUUUUUCGUCAGCCCGAAGGAUGUUUUAUUUGCCGAUGUCAAAGUUAUGGAUACAAUUUUAUCAUUUAAUGCAUACCAAAAAGGUUUAUAAUUGAUUUAACCGUAGAGUUGGUGUACAAAAUUUGUGAAGAACUUUUUUUUUCAACAAAUAUAAACAAAUUCGUCUGUUGAAAAGGAAAAAAUGCGGCAACAAUAAUCGAUUAUAAUUGACAAAGAGAAAAUCAUUUUUUUUAAAUGUAUACAGAGUCGUAGUUAUUGAGAAGAUUUGUCUCGAUUAGAAAGUUUUUAGAAAACAGUUAAUAGGGAAUGGAUGAAUUAUUUUAUAAAUAUAAGAUGAAAAAAUAUGCUCAUUUUGUGUACAGUGUAUGUGAUAAAAAAGUUUUGUAGCAUUAAGAAGAGCCAUUUUGUAAGAAAGUUGAUUACGACACACUUGUAAAGGAGUUGCCUAACGUGCUUUAAUACGCCAAAGGAAACAUUUUUUGAUAUUCGACGUAUGUAUUUCGAACGUACGUUGUAUAGUAUAUGUAUAGCCAAAGAAACCAGAUAAAUAGCUAGUAAUAUAGCAAUGUAUAUAAUAUAUAUUCUGCACAAGUGUUAGUCAUGAGUUGAUAAAUUUUAUGGGUCAUUAAUUCAACAAUUUUUUUGAAAAUCUAUGGGCAAGUUU